UUGUUAUAUUUAAAAGAUGUUAAUCAUGCAAUAAAAUUGCAUUAGUUAAAAUGUAAAUAUUUUUUUAUUCCACUGGCCGAAGAUUAAAAUUCAAGAUGGCGGUCGAGAAGUUUCUGUGGGCCUCCACUGUCCUCCUGAGACUUAUGCUUGUUGCUACAGACCUCUGUUAUACUCAGGCUACCUUAUUAACAUUUCAAGAUCUUCUCCCAGAAGAUCCUAAACUCUACGACAAAAUGCGACCUCCAAAGAAAAACGAUCAGCCAACGAUCGUUAACUUCCACGUCACUGUUAUGGGCCUGGAUUCGAUUGAUGAAAACUCUAUGACAUAUGCGGCUGACAUUUUCUUCGCUCAAACCUGGAAGGAUUUCAGACUAAGGUUACCAGAAAACAUGACUUCGGAGUAUAGGCUUUUAGAUCUGGAUUGGUUAAAGCACAUGUGGCGCCCAGAUUCCUUCUUUAAAAACGCCAAAUCAGUCACCUUCCAAACAAUGACCAUCCCCAACCACUACGUAUGGUUGUACAAGGAUAAGACGAUACUUUACAUGGUGAAAUUAACUUUAAAGUUGUCAUGUGCAAUGAAUUUCCUCAUCUACCCUCACGACACACAGGAGUGCAAACUGCAAAUGGAAAGUUUAUCGCACACGACAGACGACCUGAUCUUCCAGUGGGACCCUGACGUGCCACUAGUCGUGGAUGAGAACAUAGAACUGCCCCAACUUGAACUGGUCCAGAAUAGGACUGCUGACUGCACGCAGGUCUACUCCACUGGCAACUUCACGUGUCUGGAAGUGAUCUUCAAGCUGAAACGUCGCCUAGGCUACCAUCUGUUCAACACUUACAUACCGACUUGCCUCAUCGUCAUCAUGUCUUGGGUGUCUUUCUGGAUCAAGCCGGACGCUGCGCCGGCGCGGGUGACGCUGGGCGUGACGUCACUGCUGACGCUGUCCACGCAGCACGCCAAGUCGCAAGCGCAGCUGCCGCCUGUUUCAUACCUCAAGGCGGUUGACGCUUUUAUGUCGGUCUGCACUGUAUUCGUGUUCAUGGCGCUAAUGGAAUACUGUCUGGUCAACAUAAUUUUAGAUGACGGAGGUCGGAAGCCUAAGGAGCCAGCCGAGGCUGCUAAAGCCAGACUUCGUGCUAUCAGCAUCGACCGCUUCUCUCGCGUCUUCUUUCCUCUUCUGUUCUCAGUUCUCAACGCCACCUAUUGGAUACAAUUCGCGCAGUACAUCUGAC